AUGACUGACGACAAGACGACUAGCUCAUUAGGUUUCUUUUCGAGCUACGACGAUUUGAGCGACAGCAGCGCCUCUGACGAGGAGGCUUCGCACCGCCGGAGGGAUCAGCACCAGGAGCCAGGGACAGAUGCAACGGGAAGUGAUGCGAAAUGUUCCGCUCAAGGGAGCAAACAAGAAGCCGGCGAAAAUCGUUUGCCAAAGCCCGACGAGCUUUUUAAUUCCGUGUCCAAACCAGCGUUUCUCUACAAUCCUCUGAACAAGGAGAUUGAUUGGGAUAACCUGACGGUGAAACCUCCCGAAGAGGCACCUAGGGAGUUUAAACCGUGGGUGACAAAUGCUGUGCCCCCUCCUCAAAGUUAUGCAACAGAGCCCGAGAAGAAGAAAGGACCACCUCCGGGCAUGGACAUGGCUAUAAAGUGGUCCAAUGUGUAUGAGGACAAUGGUGAAGAUGCACCAAAGGCUCAAACAGGAAAAGCCCAGUUUCUUCCUCCAGAGGAGCAACAUGUUGACUCAGAUGAGGAAUCUAAGAAGUCUCCUUCAUCAGCCAAGAAACGUCGGGUGGAGAGCUUCCAGCAAAAAGAGAAGAGGAAGCGGGAUAUGGGACAAGCCACUUCGGACAAGAGUUUUGUUGAAGAGGAGAAAAGAAUCCUUAGACAAAAAAUUGAGUGA